AAUUAUAAAUAAACCCCCAGGCGCUCUCUCUCUCUCUCUCUCUUUCUCAUUGUUUCUGCAGGGCUACUGAGCUAGGGUUUCCGACGCUCGCCAUGGCCGAUUUCCAGACCUCGACUCACCGAAGCAAGUGGAUCUUCACGCCCGAACAGCUGGCCGAAAAAUACAAGGCUGCGAAUCAACAAGCAAUAAAAACAUUGGAAAAGUAUGGAGUAGCACUAGCGAAAGUAAAUGAUGACGGGUCAUUAUCGUACCCCGAAAUUGCAAAAGAGAAUGCUGACAAGCAUUCUCGUCCAAAAGCGGUUACCAUUGAAGAGGAGCAAUUGAUGAGAGUAUUUUAUGAAACUAAACUUCAAGAAGUGUGUAACAACUUUCAUUUCCCUCAUAAAGUUCAGGCAACAGCUCUCAUAUAUUUUAAAAGGUUUUAUCUAAGAUGGUCAGUUAUGCAACAUGAACCAAAAAAUAUAAUAUUAACCUGUAUAUAUGCGGCUUGUAAGAUAGAAGAAAGCCAUGUAUCAGCAGAGGAGCUUGGUAAGGGGAUCUCACAGGAUCAUCAAAUGAUACUCAAUAAUGAGUUGAUAGUUUAUCAGAGUUUGGAAUUUGAUCUUAUUGUCUAUGCACCGUAUCGCUCAGUUCAAGGUUUUAUCCAUGAUAUGGAGGAAUCCUGCGGAUUAGAGGAUGACCAGCUUCCAAUGCUUCAGACUUUGCGGGACACUGCAAAGAUGGAUGUUGAUAAAAUCAUGCUCACAGAUGCACCACUUCUAUUCCCUCCUGGGCAGUUGGCCUUGGCUGCGCUGCGUAGUGCAAAUCAGGUGCACAGAGUUGUUGACUUUGACAGAUACCUGGAGAGCAUGCUCUCUCGUAAGAGUUCUGCACAUACCAUUUCAGAGCUAGUUGAAUCCCUUAAUGCAAUUGAUUCUUGGGUAAGGAGAUACAAAUUUCCUUCUGACAAGGAAAUCCUGCACAUCAAUCGGAAACUGAAAUCUUGUUGGGGUCAAAGUUCGCGUGACGAAAGCAAGAAACGGGAUAAGAAAUCGAAGCACAAGUCCAAGAGGGGUUCAAAUGAAGCACAAAAUGUAACUUGAAAUGUAUGUUGGUUUCUGACAUUGUUUAGAUUGGAGUUCUUUUGUGGGUUUGGCCCCUGUUUAGUGGUUCAGUUUUGGAUACCAGCAUAUGUUACAUACUAUUCGCCUGAGUUUCCAAAGCAAUUUCUUGUUCUUGUCGUAUAGGAUUCCUGAUUCCUGAUCUCAGUCUUUCACAUCGUACUGUUUUGUCUUGCUCGGGGAGACGCUCCACUCCAAGGAUUUGAUUGCAGAAGAGAGAAAAUUUUAACAUUCUCUAAAUACCCGCCCUUCACUUCCAUUUCACUUUUGUAUUGUUGUACUAUCAAUUAAAUCAGUUAAGAUUGAGCGGGAGAAACGAAUUCUGGAUGCAAUAUAUUCACUCAUAUUUAUAUC